AUGAUUUAAUAAUUUAAAAUAAAAGGAACUAAAUCAACCUAUAUAAUCUAUGAUAAGAUCCUGGGUAAAGGGGCUUAUGGCAUCGUAUUAUUAGCAAAAACCCUAAAUUCUGGAAAGUAGUUUGAUGCUAAAAUUAUAAACAAAAAGUCGCUCAGUCCAACUGACAUAGUAAAUUUGAGGAAUGAGAUCAAUAUAUAAUCCAAAUUGUCUCAUGCCAAUAUUGUUUCAAUGGUAGAUGCUUGUGAAGAUAAUGAUUACUUAUACAUGCUGCUUGAGUACUGUAACGGAGGAUGCUUAUUUACAAAUAUGCAAUUAAACGGUCCAUUAAACGAAGAAAAAGCCUACAAAUACUUUGUUUAAAUAGUAUAAGCUGUACAAUAUUUGCAUUCAAAUAAAAUUCUUCAUCGAGAUAUUAAAUUAUCUAAUUUACUUUUAGACAAAGAAGACUAGAUCAAAUUGGCUGACUUUACAUGGAGUACUUCUCUUUCUUUAGGAUAUUCGUCCCCUUAAAUAUGUGGAACAACAGAAGAGAUGCCACCUGAAGUUAUUAAAAAAGGAUUCUAAAAUUAAAAACUAGACAUUUGGAGUUUAGGAAUAGUUCUCUAUGAAAAGCUUCAUAAUGAUCUCCCUAAAAAUGGAUAAUUUUUUCUCAAGCAGGGAAUUAGUGAGGAAUGCAAAUAAUUAAUGAAGUAGAUGUUAGAAGUGGAUAUGGCAAAAAGACCUUCAGCUGAAGAAAUACUUUCCAGUCCAUGGAUUCAAAAGUUCCAAAGAAAUAACAGACUGAUCAUCAAUACUUGCAGAAGUUAUUCUGGAUUCAAAGACAAAAUGGGAUCUCCAAAUAAAUUGUUUAAAUAGGUUCUCCAAUGGCUUCUCCUUUGA